AUGCGUGACUCGCAGCUGCCUAGCGCGGAUGCGCCGCUCAUCGCCGGCUUCGACUUCGAACAGGACGCGGCCUUCGACAAACUGCUUAACGCCUACAGCAACUUCGGCUUCCAGGCCACGCACCUCGGCCGCGCUGCGCACAUCCUCAAUCAGAUGCUCAGCUGGCGCCUCGCCGAUGAGCCGCUAACCCCCGAAGAGCUGCGCGAGCUUCAAGUCCGCCCAGAGCUAAACGACGCGCCGCUCGAGCAGCUGCGAAGCUGUGCGCCCGAAGAUUUCUCUUGGGCUGCCCCUGCGGUGCGCGCCAACACACGUGCGACGAUCUUCCUUUCGUUCACCAGCAACAUGGUCACCAGCGGUUUGCGCGAGUGUUUCGUGUUCCUCGCGAAACACCGGCUCGUCGACUGCAUCGUGACCACUGCUGGCGGCAUUGAGGAAGACUUCAUCCGCUGCUUCGGGAACUUCAUAGUCGGCGACUUUCACAAAGUUCGCGGCGAUGAUCUGCGCAGCAUAGGCUGGAACCGCACUGGCAACAUCUACGUCCCCAACGAUAAUUACGUGAAGUUUGAGCGCUGGAUUUUACCGAUUUUCGACGAAAUGCUGGAGCUGCAAGAGUCGCAAAACGUCAACUGGACGCCAAGCAAGAUCAUUCGACUGCUAGGCGAGAAAAUCGAGAACGAAGAAAGUCUUUACUAUUGGUGCGCCAAAAACGACAUCCCCGUCUUCUGUCCCGCGCUCACCGACGGCUCUCUCGGCGACUGCCUUUUCUUCCACUACAAAAGCCGCGAGCGUCGGCUGCGCAUCGACAUCGUUGAGGACAUCAUCUUAAUGAACCAAAACGCACUUGUUGCGAAGAAGUCCGGUGUGAUCAUUCUCGGUGGCGGGCUGCCGAAGCAUCAUGUCUGCAACGCGAACCUCAUGCGUAACGGGGCCGACUUUGCGGUCUACAUCAACACCGCAAUGGAGUACGACGGCUGCGACUCCGGUGCGUCGCCCGACGAGGCGCACAGCUGGGGCAAACUGGCGGCCCAGUGCUGCGAUAUCAAGGUUCAUUGCGACGCCACCAUCGCGCUCCCAUUGCUCGUUGUCGCUGUCAUGCAAUGGGAUCGCAAAGCAACUCAACCGAAAAUUUGCGCUGCAACUCGAACUUGA